GAAAAUGAUGCCAGCUUUCAGAACAAUUUUUUUAAAAAAAUCCAGUAAAGUUGGGGAGGUCAAAUUUUACUUCCUCCGUUUGAUUUUUUUUUUUUUCAUAAGGACCUUUCAUUCCUCUGUUCUAAAAACUACUGACAAAACUAAGCACAGGAGGUAUUGCAUAAGCACCACCAAGUCAUUUGCCCGAUCUGCAUUUCUCAGUGCAUGAGAUCAGCUCCAGAUAUCUGAUCUGAGAAAGCUACUGGUACACAACUGGUGUAACUGAUAGGAGUUACCUCUGUGAGUCAUCUCCUAGGAUGGUUCGGUGGCAAAUAUGAACAUUUGUCAACAUUUGACAACAGCUCCUUCUGACAUCAUGAAUCUGCUGGAAUCCGGACCGCAGAGCACUUGCAAUAGCGCUUUUUAAAUUUGAAUUUAAUUUAAAUGAAAAAAAAGUAAUCAUCUGGAUCAAUCAUCGUGAUGGCUAGCAAAAGGAAAUCCACAACUCCCUGCAUGAUACCAGUGAAAACGCUGGUGCUUCAGGAGACCGAGCAGGACGCUGUGGAAGAUGAUCAUGAAGGAACACAGCAAGAGGCUCCCGUGGAAGGGCCGGCGGCGAGCGAUGCUGGUGCCAGUAACAGCAGCAGUGGAGCUUUGUCCAACGGGCACCGCGGUGCUGCCGACAGCGACACUUACAUCUGCAAGUCUUGCGACUUUGGAUCCCAGGACGUUCAUCAGUUCUUCGGGCACUUGGACUCUGAGCACUCGGACUUUGGCAAAGACCCCGCGUUCGCGUGUGUGCCGUGCGGCUUCCUGGCCAACAGCCACGAGGGGCUCUCGCACCACAACGCGGAGUCGCACGACGGCGAGACGGGCUUUGUCUGGAGGGUGGCUAAGCAGGACGGCCGUACCACCGUGGAGCAGAGUCUCUGUGAGGCCACCAGCAGCCACGACCUCCCGGGAGAGGUUCCUGAAGAAGGGGCAGACGGCCAGUCUGAAAUCAUCAUUACCAAAACCCCCAUCAUGAAGAUAAUGAAAGGUAAACCCGAGGCCAAAAAAAUCCACACGUUGAAGGAGAGUGUGUCAAGUCAGUUGGGCGGUGAGUCAGAGGUGAAGGAUGGGGAGCAUUCGUUCCCAAACGGGUCCGUGCCAGUCAGUCAGCCCACUGCAAGUUCAACGAAGUCAUCCCACAUAGUGAAUGGCUCCAUCAUAGGAAACGUGCCUGUUCUGCAGGCAGGGGUUGCACAACUUGUGUCGCUGCAGCAGCAACCCCCGUUGCAUCAGCAGCUGCCUACAUCCAAGUCCCUUCCCAAGGUGAUGAUUCCCCUGAGCAGCAUUCCAACGUACAAUGCCGCCAUGGACUCCAACAGCUUCCUGAAAAACUCUUUCCACAAGUUUCCCUAUCCCACCAAAGCUGAGCUCUGCUACUUGACUGUGGUGACCAAGUACCCAGAAGAGCAGCUGAAGAUCUGGUUCACUGCACAGAGGCUGAAGCAGGGCAUCAGCUGGUCACCGGAGGAGAUCGAAGAUGCCAGGAAGAAGAUGUUCAACACUGUUAUUCAGUCCGUGCCACAACCCACCAUUACAGUUUUGAACACCCCACUGGUUGCAAAUCCCGGGAGUGUCCCCCAUCUUAUCCAGGCAACAUUACCAGGCCACGUGGUGGGGCAGCCAGAGGGGACGGGGGGGCUGCUGGUCACGCAGCCCAUCAUGGCAAAUGGGUUGAAGGGCACCAGCUCCUCCUUCACCUUGGCAGUGACUUCUGUCCCCAAGCCGCAGCCGGCGGCGCAGCACAGCACCGUGAGCUCCAGCAGCGCCUCGGGGGUGAAGGUGGUCAACAGCGCCCAGUCGCUGCUCACCGCCUGCCCUGCCAUCUCCUCGCAGACCUUCCUGGAUCCCAAUGUCUACAAAAACAAGAAGUCCCACGAGCAGCUCUCAGCCCUUAAAGGCAGCUUCUGCAGAAACCAGUUCCCCGGUCAGGCUGAAGUGGAGCGGCUGACAAAGAUCACGGGCUUGUCCACCAAGGAGAUCCGAAAAUGGUUCAGCGAUAGGAGGUACCACUACAGGAACGUGAGAGGCGGCCGGGCCGUCUUCCCUGGAGACAGUGCUCUUGAUUCCCUGCCCGAAAUCACCUUCGAUGUCCCGCCCAGAGGAGCUGAGCUGAGCCCUGCGGCGGUGGCGGCCACACCGGCCCCUCAGCACCCGCCGCGACGGCAGUCGUGGCACCAGGCGCCUGACUUCACCCCAACCAAAUACAAGGAGCGGGCACCAGAGCAGCUGAAGGCCCUAGAGAGCAGUUUUGCCCAAAAUCCUCUUCCUGCAGAGGAAGAGGUGAACCGCCUGAGGGGGGAAACGAAGAUGACACGGAGGGAAAUUGACAGCUGGUUCUCGGAGAGGAGGAAGAAGAAGGUGGCGGAGGAAAACAAGAAAGUGGAAGAGGCUACUCAACAGGAAGAGGAGGAGGCAGAGAAUGGCGGCGGGGAAGGGGAGGACUCCUCGGAUGAGCAGAGAGCUGCGAGUGAAAACGGCUCAGUCGACGCCUCUGGCAACAACGCGAACUCAGCAGAGCGGAAGGUGAGUCCCAUCAAAAUCAACCUGAAGAACCUGCGAGUGACCGAGUCCAACGGCAAAAACGAGGUACCGGGGACCGGCGCAAACGAGAAGGGGGAAGGCAGCUCCAGCCGGCCGCCCACCCCUCCCAAAACCAAACUGAACUUCAAAAAAACGGCCCAGCAGCGGCAUCUGCUGAAGCAAAUGUUCGUGCAGACCCAGCGUCCCACGAACCAGGAGUAUGACGCCAUCGUGUCCCAGACGGGCCUGCCGCGGGCCGAGGUCAUUCGCUGGUUCGGGGACAGCCGGUACGGCUACAAGAACGGGCAGCUCAAGUGGUAUGAGAACUACCGGCGGGGGGUCUUCCCCCCGGGGCUGGUGGAGGUCAACCCUGCCAGCAGAGAGGUGCUGGAGGACUACUACGAGAAGCACAAGGGGCUGCGGGAGGAGGACGUGCCCGGCCUGUGCGAGCGCUCCCGCCUCGGCGCCCAGCAGCUCAAGGUGUGGUUUGCCAUGAAGGCAGAGGAGGAAGGCAGGGGCUCUGGCUCGGAGGAGGCCUGUGCCGGCAGGGCCGCGGGGAACCGCAAAGGGCCGAGCGAAGCCGGCGCGGAGGCGUCGGAGAGCAGCGAGGCGUGGGAGCCGGUCGGCCCGGAGGGCAGCGCAGGGACCCCCGACGCCCCCGGCCCGCCGCCCACCACGCGGCUGGAAACAGAGUGAACUGAAACCACCAGCCCUGGAGGAUCCGCUCUUACCCUCGAGAAGAAAUUUGUGAUCUUUAAGCAACCCACGGGCCGGCCUGAUCCAAACCUGGGGAGCAGGACAUGGUGACGAAGCACUGCCAUAAAUGAGACCUUUGGGCACAGCACACGAGACAGCACGUGCACAGACUGGGCCCUCGGUGCCGAGCUCUCGUGGCCCAGCCGGGGACUCGGCCGAGGGCUGCCCGAGGCGGGGGCUCGGCUCGCACCCGGGAAAUAGGAUGCUCCUGUUUGCUUUCCAGUGACAGACUUUCAGAUUUCAUAUUCAUAUACCGAUGCCUACAGCUGCCUAUACAAGCAUAACGAAUCUCAGACAUUGUGUAUACAAGGUCGUUGCUUAGAUAUGGACUAUCAUGGCAUAGUACUUGUUUCUUGUUUCCUUUUUUUUUUUUUCAUCUGUUCAUUAAGGUGUUUGUUCUCUAAAGGUUGGCAUGGCUGCAUAUAUCCUCUCUGCCCCUUCUGGUCCUGGCAGUGAAGGGCUUUGUGGGCAAACAAAUGUGUGUGUUAGGAGAGGAAUCUGAGAAGAAAACUGCCAGUCUUGAAUUUAAGUUGAGCAAGAUUCUUAAUCCCUACAGAUGAGGUUAGAGUCAGCCUUGUUCUGAUAAAUAGCAGGUUCCCAGACCCAGGCAGCCCAGGAGUUUGGUGUCAUUUUGUCCCUUGCUGGCUAGAACACUUUCCCCUGUGUUCCUGGAGACUGACUGUAGCAGGCUAUUAAAUCUCCAAGUCUCUCUUUAAUCACUGAGAACUAGCACAUAAUAAUUUUUGCAUCCUGACCUGGAAUCCUUUUCAUUGUUCAGAGAGAACAGGCUGUUCUUCAGAGAACAAACACAGGGAAUCGCAGCGUGGCUGUGAGUGGUUCAAGUCAUUUUUGUCUCCAAGGGAUGGCGAGGCAGCAGCUCUGCUGCAGUCAGGAAGUUUCCUUCUUGCAGCCCUACAUGGCAGAUCCUCCUGGAGCACUGCUGGUGACUUCAAGUGUUUGUUCCAGUCUUUUUUUUUUCUUUUUUUUUUUUUUUUUUUUUUUUUUCCUUUUUCCAGGCCAUGUGCAAUGUUUCUGGCAAAAUAGCAAAAUAAAUUUCCCGGUUAACCUGCCUGCUGCCUGGUACCUGUACAUUUUUAAUGUGUGUUGUCCUGGGUGGUUGCUGUGUGAUGCAACUGCUUGAAGGUUUUUUUUUUUAAAUAUCCUUUGCUAAUAGAAAACAAGGCCUAGAAGGGAAACUCUUGAGCUAGAUAGUCCAGCCAAAUGCUGUGUCAGACCAUUCUGUCACAAACUAAUCAAAUCCCAGCUCCAAAUUGGUUCCAUGUCUUGCCUUCACUUUUGCUCUUGGAAGGCUCUUCCAGAACUUCACUGCCUUUGAGUGGUUAGAAACUUUAUUUAAAUUUCUAGUUUGAAUUAAUUCGUGGCUGGUUCAUUGCUGGUUUGUUUUGGAGCCAACAUUGUCCUUUAACUUAAAUAGUUUUGGUGUUUAUCCGCUGAUGUAUUUAUGGAGAGUAGUCAUAGCUCCUUAUUUUUGCCAAGCCAACUCAGCCAAGCUUUUUCAGUAGAAGUUUUUUAUUUAGUGAGAGCUUUUUAAUGUGGGAGACUUUAUUGUUAGUGGUAAAUGAUAUUUAUUAGGAGGGUGGGUAGCAAACCCUGAAGGAUCGGAUCCAGAGAUUUACAAAAAAUCUGGUUUAAAAACAAAAAAGCUCUUUCAGAACCUCUUCCAAAGAUGGUGUCUGAUUUCUACCUUUAAUUGCCCUUGCUUUUGCAAUUCUUUCUUCGUCCCCUCUUUGAGGCUGCCUUGCUCAGCUGCUGGAAGGGGCUGUAUCUGCUCAGUGCUUUGGCAGAGGGGCUUCCCCUCGCCCGGCGGGACAUGCUGAGUGCCUGUGCCUGAGUUUGUGGGGCCCCCUGGCACACAGGGGAUGAUCCCCGUGGCCAAGUGUGACCACCUGCUUCAGAUGGAGGUGACCUGCAGCCCAGAGAGCCGGGGUGAUAUUUUGGAUGCACCCACUCACACUGUGCCCAUCCCGUAGCGGUGAGUUGACCAUCCCCACCAUGCUCUGAGCAGGGGUGGCACCGACCCAGAGCACCCUGCUGUGGCACCAGGCUCCCUAAAUGUCUCUUUAGAAGCACUGCUGAUGGUCAUGGCAUGGUUGGAGGUGUGACCAGCAGCCAUCCCACCUUGGCUUCGUGUUGGCUCAUCCCCACUGCUCCCCUUGGGGGUGGCUGCACUGCCAGAGCCCCAGGGGUUCGCCUUCACGGGUGCAAUCCUGCACACCCGAAAAUAUCACAGGCGAUGGGAGAAUCUGGGUGGGGCUAGAGCUGGAAAGCAGAUCUGUGAGUCGUGUGGCCUUAGGGGGUGUAUGUGCAGUGCCACCUUCAGAGAACAAAUACAAGUAGGUCAAUUUACUCUGUAGUGUCUAUGUACAUGCAGGUUUAUUUAAGUACACAUAUAUACAGUUCAGAUAUGCCAUUGAUUCUUUAUUGCAUUAAGAUGUACAUUAAAAAUGUACACUUUUACUAACUACUUGCUAUAUAAAUAUGUUGGAAGUGUAGUUUGCCCAUUCAAGGUGAUUUUCUGUGGGAUUUUUGGUGUACACUUAAAGGCCUAUGGCUAAUUGGAAGAGUGAUUCCCCACUCCAUCUACAGAAAUGCUUAAGGACUAUGGUAUGAACUGGUCCCUUCAAACCACGUUUCCAUGCACUAGCUGAAAUAUUUUGCACUUGGAUUAUAUUCAGCCAGUUUUCCAGAAAAAUUGAAAAGAAAUCUUGUGAGCUAGAGGGAGAAUUUCCCGGUGUACACAGAAAAAACAGCCUUGAGGGUUGGAAGCUGCUGAGGGUUUUGAGCUUUGUCUCCAUGCAUUCAUACAAGCACAGCAGGAGUUUUCUUUCUUUUGGGUCAAAGGAAUUUUAAAAAGUGGUUCCAUGCAGACUCCCCUCGGACGUGGUGACGGGGCUGGCAAACGCCACUGCGUGGGGAGGGUGAGAUUUAGAGACAAAAAAAGUCAAAAAGUGAUCAAGUUCCCUUUCUACUCCUACAUUCCUUGUUAUCUGCAUUUUUUAGUUGACUUGAAAUCUCCAUAAAAGUAUAAGCUGAAGAUUUUUGAGGGUUUAGCUCUGUGGUCCCCUGUUUCUCUGUUGAGAAGGAGAAGCAGGUGCCAUCUCCAGACAGACUUGGGUUUUGGUGCAGGACAUUGGAAAUGUGUUUGCAUCCAAAACUGAAAGGAAAAAUUGAGAGGUGGCUUGACAGUCCCAGCAGCAGCUCUUGUGGUGUUAAGAGGAAGUGUCACCACAAUUCUACACAGUGUGUGAAUAUUUAUCAUCAUCUAAUCAAAGAUGACUAUCUUGACUUGAAAGGAGGGGUGUAAGACCGAGGUGAUGUAGCCAGCAUCAGUAAGGAAGGGAAAUUAUAUUCUCCACCUCCAUCAGCUCUGUCUGAGCUCGGGCUUGGCAGGCACAGCAGUAACCAUCAUUUUUAAUCCAUGUGAAUCUUGUUACUUAUGUCUCUGAGACUGCUUAGAUUAAGGGCACAAUCCAAUUGCUUAAUAACCCGAAACCCUGAUUUGUGCCAGCCUUAGACAUGGCUCCGUGUUUCAUUUGGGUACCUUAUUUUUCAGGUCCAUAAUUAGCAUCCUGGAAAUCAUUCUUUUUUUUUUCUUUUUUUUUUUUAAAGCAGGACACUAAACCAACCAUAAUCUACAGGUUCCUAUUUCCACUUGCCUGAGAGGUGAGUGCUGAUGGACACCAGGCCUGCAUCUGGUGGGAGGAUGGGCACAGGUGAUUGGAGGUAUUUUUUGUGGCUUCAUGUCCCCUCCCUGCCAGGGAUUUGUGUUGGUCACCAUGAGAAGAAACCAGCAAAAGCAGUAGCUGCUGCAGCUGAAACCCUUUACCUGGCUGGAGCUGCAAGAUACCUGCUUGGUUAAUUUUUGCUAAGUGUCCCUUGACAGAAGAAGGAAACUGUAGAAGGCAGGUUUUACAUUUAGGGUUUUGUGUGGUGGUUUGUUUUUUUUUUGUUUUUUUUUUGUUUUUUAAAUUUUGGGUUUUCUGGUUAUUGCCCAAGUGCUCUGUUUGCUGACAUUGGCCAUAUUUUGAUGGCACAAUUAAAGCCCCUUUUUACCUGCACUGAUGGAGGGCAGUGUUAGGAGGACUCUUGCUUACUGGUGCUAGUGAGGGUUGGGCUAGGAAUCCAUGGCAUAGAAAACUUCUAGCUAAAAUUGCACUUUCUCUCUGCCCCAUCUGGCUCGUGGUGGUGUUAUGGGUACGUGGCUGUGAUUCCCCUUGCACAUACUAACAUUGCACUAAAAGAGAGACUUUGGGAACAGUGUGUUGAUCACUUUGUUUCUCAGCAGACCACAAAGUCAGCCUAAUGGGGUCUCUUUUUCUUUUUUUUUUUUUUUUUUUUUUAAUUAUUGUUAUUUAGAAAUCACGCUGGUGCUGAAUGACCUGGAAUUUUUGCUUGGAUUUAUCCAAAGGAAAAUGUAAUUGUAGCUGCAAUGGGACCUUUCAUAAGGGUGUCCUUGCAGUGAGGGAGCAGAGCGAGGGCUCUGCUGUGUAAACCGUCUUUGUACUGGGGAGGUGUGGGGGGUUCCAGAGGGGUUGUUACUGUGUUUUUUUUCAAGACCACAAUUUUAAAUGGCCACUUUGGCAAUCGUGUGAAACAGGAAAUAGUUUUUACUUUUGGUAAAGGUUUUAAAGAGGGAAAAAAAAAAAAGUGAAGCUGCCUGUGAUUGUGGGCUGUAGCUAUUAUUAGGGCUAGGGUAGCUUGUACCUGCUAUGGACUUUACCUGCUCUUAUUCUGAGGGCAAGAACUCCCUGUAGCAACAAUGCCACUUCUGAGAAGUGAAUGGCAAGUUUCCCUUCCUUUUGUAUAUGUGGAUGUGAGGGUGGGCGAGGGGAAGAGCUUGCUUGUACAGUUUGUUGAAAUGAAACCAGACAUUUUUGGUUGUUCCUAAAUAAAGAGCGUAAAAGACAA